GGGUUCUUUCAAAGUUUUCAUCUGUAUCCAAUAUAUUGUGGUUUAAAUGUUUUUUGCUGACAUCAUCAACCCGUUUAUUCUAAAACUGAUUCAGGGACCCAGGUUUGAAAAACUUACCCAAGUUAGUCCCGGUGAAAAAUGACUGAUGUCACCACCUUGUUUCCAAAUUAUUUGGCCUCAAAGUUUUAGUGCAUUGUAACAUCUUUUUUAAUUUAUUAUAAGAUAUUGUAGCUCCUGUUACUUUUGUCACUGGAACUUGCUUUGUAUUUUAGCGUUUGUUUUAUUGCAAUUUUAUUGCGAAAUGUUUACCUUAACUGACUAUAUAUGUAAGGGCGUUUUUUUUUUUUUUUUGGGGGGGGUUCUUUCAAAGUUUUCAUCUGUAUCCAAUAUAUUGUGGUUUAAAUGUUUUUUGAUGACAUCAUCAACCCCUUUAUUCCAAAACUGAAUCAGGGACCCAGGUUUGAAAAACUUACCCAAGUUAGUCCCGGUGAAAAAUGACUGAUGUCACCACCUUGUUUCCAAAUUAUUUGGCCUCAAAGUUUUAGUGCAUUGUAACAUCUUUUUUAAUUUAUUAUAAGAUAUUGUAGCUCCUGUUACUUUUGUCACUGGAACUUGCUUUGUAUUUUAGCGUUUGUUUUAUUGCAAUUUUAUUGCGAAAUGUUUACCUUAACUGACUAUAUAUGUGAGGGCGUUUUUUUUUUUUGGGGGGGGGGGUGGUUCUUUCAAAGUUUUCAUCUGUAUCCAAUAUAUUGUGGUUUAAAUGUUUUUUGAUGACAUCAUCAACCCCUUUAUUCCAAAACUGAAUCAGGGACCCAGGUUUGAAAAACUUACCCAAGUUAGUCCCGGUGAAAAAUGACUGAUGUCACCACCUCGUUUCCAAAUUAUUUGGCCUCAAAGUUUUAUUGCAUUGUAACAUCUUUUUUAAUUUAUUAUAAGAUAUUGUAGCCCCUAUUACUUUUGUCACUGGAACUUGCUUUGUAUUUUAGCGUUUGUUUUAUUGCAACAAACAAAUAACUAAAAUAUUCACAUUUUAAACACUGAUAAUUACAUUCUAAUAUUUUUGCCAUUAUCGAAAGCGAUUUAAUAAAUUACCAGGUUUUUGUAGGCUUGUACAAGUCAAUUUCUUCAUUAGAUUGCUCACUUUGUAUUUGGAUAAAAAUAGCUAUUAUAUAUAUUUGUUUGUUGUUUUUAACCAUGGUGUACGGAACAGCAACAAUUAGUUCAAAAAACACAUAUGUUUGUAGAAAACUACGCAUCAUGAUAUUAACUAUUUAAAACUAUUUAUGCAGUAAAUAGACUUUCGUCAGCAUCAAUUUUUAUUUUUAUUGAUUUUUUUUUUGUUGAAACUUAAUUACAAACCUCCCAAAUUUUAGUGCACACAUUUUCCGCCAAUUGACUAUAGGAAUAUCUCACAGUAUCUUAAAUAUUUUAAAAAAAUUAUCUAUUGCUAUUAGAUUACUAUUAUCAUGCCAGUAGCUGAUGAUCGUUUAUCAAAAUUGCAAUCUUUAAAGCUCAUUCAGGCUGUUAAUGAAGGUGAUAUUGAUCAAGUAAAAAAGUUGGUUGAAAAUGGAAUUCCUAAUCUGGUAAAUUAUGGAGAGCCUAAUGAUGGACAAUGCGGUCUUCAUGUUGCUGCCUCUGCAAAUAGUGAAACGAUGAUUAAGACGUUGGUGGAGCUUGGUGCAGAUUGCAAUGUAGCUGAUAAACACGGAAAAACGCCAUUCAUAAGAGCAGCUGAAUUUGGACAUGUUCAAGCUCUUAACUUAUUAAUUGAAUUGUGUGAAAAACCUGAUCUAUCAGCUAAAGAAUCAGAAGGAAGGAACAUAUUGUAUUUUUGUCUUUGUCCAACAAAACGUCAUCAAAUUUGUUUGGAAACUGCUAUCAAAUAUGGUGCUUACAUUCAUAAUGUGGGUCAUGAUGGUAAGUCGUUACUGGUAAAAGCUUGUGAAGAAAGAUUGGAAAAAGUUUUAAAAACUCUCUUAGAAGCAGGAAUUGAUGUUAAUAAACAGAGUGAGUUAACUGGUGAACCUGCUCUACACUACGCUAGUAAAAUUGGUUACGAAGAGGGUGUACGUCUGUUGUUGAAGUAUGGAGCUAACCCAAACCUUUUGGAUGAGAAUCAUAUGCAUGCAGUGCACAAAGCCGCUACAAAUGGACAUCUUGAUGUUAUAAGAAUUUUAUCUGCUUAUGGUGCAGAUGUUGGUACUUUGAAUAUUGUACUUGACUCUCCGAUGCAUUGUGCUGCCAUGAAAGGCUAUGCUGCUAUUUGUAAAUUUCUCGGUCAGAGAGGUUGUUCUGCCACAACAAAAAAUUCAAAUGGAAUGACUCCACGUGCAAUCGCGAAAGAAAAAGAAUACAAAAGUGUUCUUAAAGAAAUAAAAAAAGCUGAAAAAUAUGAUGGUAAAAAGCCUGGAACCCAACUUCAUAUUGUGAAGUUUUAUGAUUGGAUAAUCGAGCAAAAAAAGGAAUUAGAAUCUGAAAUCUUUGAACAUGAUGUGGAAGUAAAAGGAAAAAGAACAGGCAGAAUUAAUAUUGAAACUUUUUUGAUGAUUCUCAUUGCUCACAAGUCUCCGCUAACUGAAGAUCAAAUGAAGCCAAUAUUAAAGUUACAUGAUGGGAAAAAAGAUGGAAACAUCAAUUACGAAUUAUUUUUCAUUGGCAAGAAAUACGUAAACAAGUUUUACCUGGUUGGUGGUGGAAAGAAGAAGAGGAAAGAAGGAGGAAAGAAAGGAAGCAAAAAGAAGGGAAAGACGAAAAUAGAAAUGCCAAUAUGUACAAAUGCUAACAUACCACGUAUCAAAGAUGGCGGGCCAUUUUUAAACUACUUGCAAAAACAAGAGCAAAUUACUGAUGCAAAUCGAUUUGAUCGUGAUCACCAACCAGAACAUCCCAUACAAGACGAUUCAAUUUGGUAUUGUUACAGACCAGAGACCACAUUCGUGCAUAUUAAUGAAGUCAUCAAAUAUAAUGACAAGAGGUCGCUCAAGAUUGCCAUUAAAAACGGUUUGGAAGUCAACCAGCAUGACAAAUAUUACAAAACACCAUUAAUGUUGGCGUGUUUGGAAGGAAACAUCGAAUUUGUCAAGUAUCUUCUACAGCACGGUGCUGAUGUAACUGCUCUGGAUAAUUUUAAGUGGACUCCGCUUCAUUUUGCUUGUCAUAUUGGUCACAAGGAUAUUGUAGAGUUGCUCCUCAACAACGGUGCAAAUAUAGAUGCGCGUUCAUAUAACGGAGGCACACCAAUGAUGAGAGCAAUCGAAAGUUCGAAAGCAGAUGUUGUUCAACUUUUAAUUGAACGAGGUGCGAAGAUACAAGUGGAAAACAAGAAGGGUCAGACAGCUCUAGAUAUAGCGAAAGCGUUUUCCGAUCCUCGUAUUAUAAGCAUUGUACAAACAAGAUGGGAUGAACUCCCUCCACCCGUUGACAAAAGAAAGAAAAAAGGAGGUAAUUCGAAGAAAAAUACGAAACCAAAAUCCAGCAGUACUAACCGUCUUAGCAUGCCUAACAUCAGAGUCUCUGAUCAAAAUGACGAGGCUGUGCGAUAUAAAGAACGCGAUAAAUCUCUCCUCAGGGCAGCCUCCGCAUUGGCUGAAGGACAGUCCUUUGAAGAGUCGAUUGUGUAUACCCCCAAAAGAGCUUGGAUGCCUGAGUCAAAUACGAACGAACUGCUUGCGCAGAAAAAGGAAAAACGGGAUCAAUUCGGAUACGAAAUUGAUUUUUCGGAUUAUAAACCGCCUUUCCAGAAACAUAUUGAUGAUCUUGUGAAGAGCAUGGAGAAGUCUGGUGACUAGAGCACCCAUGAGAAUCAAAUGAUGAAAGAAUUGUUGGUGUUCUUGGGGAAAAAAUUACAAAAUCUUGCCAAAGGAGAUGAACGUGGUAAAGGAGAAUGGAAAUAUCAUCAGAAGCAUCUUUGCAUGCUCCGUGCGCUGGUUUACUAACAUUGACAAUGUAUUUAUGUUCGUUGGUAGAGUAAAAAUAUCACGAGUUUUGUGAGUUGAUUGGUAGAGCGAAACCUCUCUUUAAGUUCUGUUUGUUUAUGGUAGAGCAAAACCUCUCUUGCAAAUUCUGUACGUUGAUUGAUAGAGCAUAGCCUCUCUUGCAAGUUCUGUAUGUUGGUUGGUAGAAUAGAGCCUCCCUUAUAUGCCCAGUGUCUUGAUUGGUAGAACUUAAAACAGUGCAGAACGAUAAUGAAUUGUUCCAACUAUCCUAUCUGAAUUGUCUUUAAUAUCCAGACAGAAAAACUAUUACGAAUCCCUUAUCAAAAUAAGUUUUGUCUUCAGAAAUAAAAGUUUAAGUAUCAAAAAGUUAUAAUUAAUAAACCGUUCAUUUCUUUUGAGCAUUUCAAAUUUAAUUUAUUUUUAACUUUUAUGUGUAUAUAUAGCUUUAAUAAAUUUUCGUGUUAUUUUUUGAAUAAUGUAAUUUUAAAAUAUUUAUAUUUUUAAUAGAAGAGGCUAUUGUAGUGGCUAAAAGAUAGUUCAACAAUAAACCGAA